AAAUAUCAUUUUCAAGUAUUAUAAAUUGAUGCAUCAAUAUUGACCUAUUAAUGCCGUUUAUUAAUAUUUGACAUUAUUAUUUACACUUGAUCUCACACGACAGUAUAUAUACCACCAGAAGAUGUUGUGCAAUAUAUUUUGAAGUGACGGCGGUCAUAUUUGGGCACCCCUACAGGUUUCACUGAUCAGUUCUGCAAUGGCUGCUAACUGGAAAUACGGCAGAAGUGAGCCUCCUCCAGGGGGUUCCUUUGCCAGGGUGAUGCAGAGAGGCGAUGGAGCUUCCCCUCGGCCUUCCAGUACCAAUAGUUCCCAGAGUUUCCAUAGCUUUGCCUCCAGUGAGGACUACCAGGAUCAUGGACCCCGGCCUGGCCAGGAUAUCUGUAUCGGGGAGGAAGUCAAGAUAGCUAUUCAUUUGGCUAUGGAGCGUUUUCGUAUGAAUGAAAGUCAAAAGGAACUUGAGUUUCCAUCAUCACUGACAGCUACAGAGAGAGCCUACGUACACAAGUUAUGUGAAGGGAAUGGAUUGAAGUCGAGGAGUAAAGGCAAGGGCAGUGGAAGAUUUCUUACUGUUACUAAAAAAGAAGGCUGUUUGUCUUCCCAGUCGUCUGCCUCAUUCUACCUAGCAAGAAAUAGCCGUCAACAAAUUCUGAAUCUCCUACAAAGAUACCCUGUCUCCAAUAAGGAACGCCAGGAAUUGAUACCAAGAGUCGAUAGAAAUCAACCCAAUGAUGUUGGUAAAGAACUGAACAAAACAACUAUUGGUAAACUCAAUAAUGGAGUUGCCCAGGUGCCCCCACCUCGAAGUGACUCUGAUCUGAAUGCUUUUCGUGAAGGAUUGCCUGUCUUCAAACACAGACAGAAUAUCCUUGAUACCCUCAAUAAUAACCGAGUUAUUUUGAUAUCUGGUGAAACUGGAUCAGGAAAGACUACACAGGUUCCUCAGAUGAUACUGGAUGACUGUUGCAACAAGAAGCUACCUUGUAGGAUAUUCUGUACACAGCCCAGAAGAAUAGCUGCUCUCAGCAUUGCUGAAAGGGUGGCUUUAGAGAGGGGAGAGAAAAUUGGUCAGACUGUUGGGUAUCAAAUACGACUGGAGAGCAAGGUGUCUCCUAAAACUUUGCUUACAUUUUGUACAAAUGGUGUUCUCCUCCGUACUUUGAUGAAUGGGGAUGCCUCCUUUGGUGGUGUUACACAUAUAAUUGUGGAUGAAGUUCAUGAAAGAGACCGGUUCAGUGAUUUCUUACUGGCAUCCAUGGACGAUCUGAUGACGAAACAUUCUCAUCUGAAAGUAAUCCUUAUGAGUGCUGCACUGAACACACAGCUGUUUGUUCAGUUUUUCAAUAACUGUCCUGUAGUUCAUAUACCUGGCACACUUUUUACUGUGAAGGAAUAUUACUUAGAAGAUAUAUUGAAGUGGACAAAUUACAGCAACAAAGCAAUGGAAAAAGCACAAAGAGAGAAGACAAAGGUGACAAGACAGCAAGAGCAGUUAGAGGAAUGGUGUGCUAAGAUGAGUAUUGGAAGUUCAGAGAAGGAAGAGGAAUCUGACACUGGUAAAGCGAGCCAAGCCAACACUGAAACAACACAAAAAAACGCGAAUGAAGAUAAAGAAGAGCUCCAAGACUGGAUAGUUAAGGAAAUGGAUCAGUAUCUCACUGAUAUUUUCCUGAUCGGAAGUGAAGACAAAUUUACCCAGAUGGUUCAUCUCAUUAUGAGUGAGAAUGUCAGUGUGGACUACCAGCAUUCUGAGACAGGUGUCACACCUCUAAUGGUGACUACUGCCAGGGGUCUGUCCGAAGAAGUAGAACAGCUGCUUAAUCUUGGAGCUAAUGUUAAUCUCCACACACCAAAUGGCUGGACUGCCAUUGACUGGGCCAAGCGCUUUCAGAGAGUAGACAUUUUAGAAAUGUUAGAAGCUCUAAUGCUGUCGAAUGACGUUGGACCUUCUGGAGACUCUGUGAUAGAAGCUGAUAACCGGUUAUUGACAGAUGCAGAGAAGGAUCUUUUGUCACUGUAUCAGAACUGCUUUGACGACGAGAAAGUGGAUAUCCAGCUCAUCCUCAAUCUCAUUUACCAGCUUAUGAUUAACUACAGUGAAGGUGCUAUUUUGGUCUUCCUACCAGGGUAUGAUGAUAUUGUUGGUCUAAGGGAUUUGAUUGCAGAUGACACCUUUUUCCACAAGUAUAAAUACUUAGUUUUCACUCUACAUUCUGCCAUGCAGUCAAAUGAUCAGAGGAGAGUGUUUAAAACACCACCACCAGGAGUACGAAAAAUCAUCCUGGCCACCAAUAUUGCUGAGACUAGUAUCACCAUUGAUGAUGUUGUGUUUGUCAUUGAUUCUGGGAAGGUCAAAGAGAAAACUUUUGAUGCUUUAUUGUCUGUCACCAUGUUGAAGAGUAACUGGAUAUCAAAAGCCAGUGCCCUGCAGAGAAAGGGCAGAUCAGGGAGGCUGAGACCAGGCCAUUGUUAUCACCUGUUCAGUAAAGUGAGAUACUCAAACCUGAUGGACUUUCCAGCUCCAGAGAUACUUCGAUACCCUCUCCAGGAAUUGUGCCUACAUACCAAGCUGCUUGCUCCCAAAACCUGCUCCAUUGCUGAUUUCUUGUCAAAGUGCCCGGAGCCCCCUACCUUCCUUCUCACCAGGAAUGCUAUACAUCUCCUCAAGCAAAUAGAUGCCCUGGAUUCAUGUGAGGACUUGACAGAGCUAGGACAUCACUUGUCAGAUCUUCCUGUGGAGCCAUGCCUGGGAAAGAUGGUGCUGUACUCAGUUGUCCUCAAGUGUUUGGACCCUGUACUCACCAUUGUGUGUACAUUAGCCUACAAAGAUCCAUUUGUAUUGCCCAAUCAGCCCAACUUGAAGAGGGAAGCAAGUAUGUCUCGACGUAAAUUUGCUGCUGAUACGUUUAGUGAUCAUAUGGCUUUACUGAGAGCUUUCCAGGCAUGGCAGCGAGCCAGAACCGACGGUUGGGAGAAAAGCUUCUGUGAUAAGAAUUACCUGUCCUCGGCCUGUAUGGAGAUGAUUGUUGGAAUGAGAACACAGCUGCUUGGUCAGUUGCGGGCAUCAGGAUUUGUACGAGCACGAGGUGGAGGAGACAUCAGAGAUCUCAACACUAACUCGGAGAACUGGGCUGUCGUGAAAGCUGCCCUGUGUGCUGGCAGCUACCCAAAUCUGCUCCGAGUAGACCGGCAAAAAGCCAAACUUACCACCCAGAAAGAAAGUAAUGUGUUCUUCCACAUGAGCUCUGUGGUAAGUCAGAUUCCAAGCUCAAAGAAGACCCAGAAGAGCCAGUUUAUUAAAAGCCUGCGCUCUGACUGGUUAUUCUAUCAGGAAAUGACCCGGUUCCAGCGUCACCCUAUGGUAAGGACCUGUACUAUGGUGUCCCCAAUCACUGUGGCAGUGUUCGCCGGACCAGCCAAGCUAUCACCAGACUCCGUCAAGGACAGGCAUUUGAACAGAAAUUUGGGGAUCAGAGGAGAGUUUGGCAGUGAGGAAAGUGAUAGUGAAGGUGAGGGCAAAGAAGAUGACAGGAAAACCACACUACAGUUGGAUGAAUGGCUUGGCUUCAAACUCGACAACGAGACGAUGAGCAUUGUGUUACAACUGAGACAGAAGUGGAACAGCCUGCUUUUACGAAGAAUGAAGUCACCUUCCAAGACAUGGUCACAACUUGAUGAGUCUGUGGUUAGAACAAUUGUCAAUGUUUUAACCAAUGAGGAGCAGACAAUGGGACUACAGCAGCCCGCUGGAAUUGGUCAGCGACCCAGACCUAUGACUGCUGAGUCAAUCAUGUCAGGAGGCAGUGGGAAAGGCAACUUUGACUUUGUUACACCCCCACGGAAGAAUUUUCAGUUUCAGCAAAGAGCCAGCACGAGUGGAGUUGAGACAACAUCAUCCAGUAGUAGUAAUUCUCCGUCGACCAAUACCAGUCUGAGGGGUAGUCAGUCCAGUACACCCUCCAUGAGUCCCGGUCCAGCUUCCCCAGGUGGUAACCAUGGUCUAUCGGUCAGCUUCUUUGUUAUGAAAUGUAACAGCCAAAAACAACUGGACAUGUCCAUGAACAAAGGAGUAUGGACCACUAAUGCAUCCAACAAUAAGAAACUCAACAGUCUGUUUCAGGAAGGAAAAGCAGUUUAUCUGAUAUUCUCCAUACAUGGAAGUGGCCAUUUCCAGGGUUACGCCAAGAUGAAAUCAGAGUUUGUAUACAAGAAGGCUCAGGACUCUAGUCAUCAUGGGUCUGACUACUGCUGUGAUAUUGAGUGGAUCAAAAGAGCAAACUUGCCAUUCCAAAGUACCCACCAGUUACUGAACCCCUGGGAUGACAACAGAAAAGUACAGAGCAGUAAGGAUGGCCAGGAGAUUGCACCACAUGUCGGAGAAGCCCUGGUCAAAUUGUGGGACAAAUACUCAGGUCCUCAGGGAAAAUCUUCCCCCUUGGUGGGUAAUAAGCCACAAUAUGCUGGGAAGAGAGGUGGUUUCCACAGCACAGCCUCACCUGAAGGACAUGGCAGCUACCAGUCUGCAGGGAAUGAUCCCGGUGAAUACUCAACUCACAGUCACCGUAACUUCUACAACAGAGGAUACCAGGAUCACUCAAACUAUGGAGGAUAUCACGUCAACGAAGGGUCACAUAAAGGUCAAAGAGGUCAAGGUCAAAGGGGGAAGUCACCGAUGAAUCAGGGACUUCACUUUGAUAACUAUAGUGGCUACCACACUGGUGGAUACCAGGACAAUGGGGCACCACCCAGAACUGAUUACGGACCAUUCAAUUAUCACCAGAGGGGUCAAGGGUCAGGAGGUCAUCAGCAUGGAGGUCACAGGAGAGGAAAUCACAACAGAUCUGGGAAUAAGAGAUAGCUGAAUGAUGUUAAUGGCUGAUCAAGAUGUAUGCCAAUGAUCUUAUUUAUGACUUCCCAGACAGCAUUUUAUUGGAUUUGUGUGUCAUAUACACAUGUUACUACUGGCAUUAAUUUCAGAUGUUUUCUAACAAUAAUUUAUUUUUUCUAUGACAUGUUUAGAUUUUAGCUCCCCUUCGAGGGAAAGUGAGGCAUGGUGCAGCAUCCGUCAUUCCUCAACUUUUCUGAAUCAUAAGUUGAUUGUUAUUGCACUCUAUUGAAAUAACUAAAGUUGCUUUUGAAUAACCGUCAUACCUUUGGCCAUGGCAUUUGACUUCAGUACGGUGAUGAGGACUACCAAACAUUUACCAAUAUUAUAUAUAUGACUUCGAUCUACACUCAAGAUCACUGGGGUCAAAUGUUUGCAAAAGUUGAAACCAUAUCAACUCAUUUUUAGGGGUAAAACACAUGUAAUAACGAAAAAUGAUACCAGGUAUAUGUUUUAUAAUAAAAGUCUUCAGUAUGAGAUCCAAAUUUUGCCAGAAAUAAACUGGAGAUUCCAGUCCUAGCCUAGAGACUCACAGGUCUGUAUAGUAUUAUGUCUUGUGAUGGUUAUUAAUGUAUACACCUAAACAAGUCCAUUGUAUGACAUUUAAGAAUGUUCUAACACAGCAGAGGAAAUGAAUGAGGACUUGCUUCUCUAAAAUAUUAUGACACGUGGAUGGUGUUGUAUAUUUUACAAUUUGGGAGAAAGUUCUGUAUAAAAUCAUCGGACAUGCAAUUGCAUAAAAUGUUGAGUUACAAACCCUGCAGCAUUACAGGCAGCUAGUAAUAAAAAUGUGUUGGUGCAGGGAUAUGUUACUUAGACUGUUUACACACAUAAUGUAUUUCAUGUGAGACAGCUUUAACUAGAACAUUCAUUCUCUACACUAUCAAGCAUUGUUUACAGUUUGGACUUUCAGCAUAAUUUUCAUGUUGAUUUAAAAAAAAAUGAUGAAAAUACAUUUUAACAUGUAGCCAGUGAAAAUAUAACUUAAAUCUCUGAUGGAUAUUUUUCAAGUGCCAAAACAAAUUAGGGAAGGAUAACUAUCAAGCUCUAUCAUUGUUACUUGCAACCAUUUCAUAGUGAUAUUCAUUGCAAUCUAAAUGAACUUACUAUUACCCUUAAAUCUUUGUUUGUUUUGCAAAAAAUGCUUGAUUUAUGCUACCUGUUAAAUAGUCCUUUGAAUUUUAAGAAUUUCUGUUAUUGUGUUGAAUUCACAUGUUUCCUUAACCAUGAAAAGAAGAAAUGUUCACUAUUUUGUGUUGAAUUUGUGAAUUAAUCUAUCACGAAAAACAAAAACUGCCAUGAAAAUGAUUUUUUGUUUUAAUUGUGUUACAACAAAGUUGCUAUGUUUUUGCAUGCAUACACUGCUUAGUAUAAUGUUGGUGCUGAUGACAAGGGGAAAAAGUGUGCAGUCAGCUGAAGAGAGAGAGAGAGGGGGGGGGAGAGAUUUUCUGGAAUGAUGACUUAUUAGUUGACAAGCUUUAUAAGCAAGAUAUGGUAUAUGUAUACAUAGAAAAUGGGUUUCCAUUUGAUGUCUGAUCUAUGGAAAGGUAGUAUGAAAUGUUUGUGACAUGUUUCAUGAAUUUAAUUUGAAGUGGAAACAAAUACAUGAUUCUAUUUCUAACAUGACGACAUGCAAUACAUUUUUGAAAACAGCAUUGAUAUAAAAUCAACAUUAUUAAAUUACCACUUCAUUCAUCUUUCUUUGGUGACAUCACAAUACAUGUAAUGAGAAUAAGCUAUUUAUAGGGUCAAAUUGAACUAGAGGAGAGUUUGGGGUCAAGUCAGUAGGGAUUUUUCUAUACCAUAAAUCACACUUCAUCUCUGUCAUACUGUAUUUAAAUGUUCACUGUUCAAUGAAACUUCCGUCCAUCCAUCAUGUUGUAUCUUUCCCUUGUAACAUAGUCUCCUGUCAGCUGCAGUAUUGAAGCUCAUUACUGUAUUAAUCUUAUUAAGUCAAUCUUUCACAUUGUUAACAUAUACACAAAGAGAUUUGAACAGUGUGAAUUUGUUCGUAACUCAAUUAACUUUAUGACAGUACAACUGCAUGAUGUCACUUUUAUGUGAGGACAGAUUGGAAAAGUUAAUCUAUAUGUGAUUAACACAACUUUAAUCAAUAAUUAAGAAACAGUGGUUAAGUUAUGGCCUAUAUUCAGCAUGAACUAAAUAUAACCUAAAAUUAACAAGAUGUAUUUCUAUAUAGAUUAUAUAUAUGGACAUUGGAACUUAUUAUAUACCAGUCUGGAACAUUGUUUUUAACAUUUUUAAAAAUGUGGAAGAUGGCCCUGUUUUUGAUUGUAUCUUAAAUGCAUAAUUGAGCCUGUUCUGAGAUGUUAAAGUUUGUUCAACUUAGCAGAUACUGUACAUGUAAAAUCUUGAAAUAUUUAAAGGGAGAUAAUUCAUGCAGAGAUUUUAAAAUCUUUUGGAGACAGUCCAUAUAGAAAUGUAAUUCAUGAUGUUUAAGAAAUUAAUAUUUAUAUAAUAUUUAAUUUAAGGAGAACGAGAAAAUUAUUGUCCAAGAUCAAUGAGUUUUUACUUGCUAGUUGUAAAAGAGAUGAGCCAUUUUUCAGGCCCCAUUGGCCUGUUGUUAUUGUGUAGUGUUGUUUUAUGCAAUUAAGGUGUACCAACAUCUUGCUGUGAUUAUGUUAUCAAAGGAAAUAAUAAAAUUGUUGUAUUACA